AAAACCUAUAAUUUUUUUUAUAAAAAAAGGCCUAUAGAAAACCCAUGUACAUUACGGGAGUGAUACACCAUAACUUUGCAAAAAAAAACCACACAGCCAAAAAACUUACAGUUUUGUGCAGCUUACGAUCCCAACUAACGACCCAUAUCACUUUCCUGCUGAUUUUGAAAAAUUUAUUUUUUUCCAAAAUUUUGCAAUUUCGAUAAGGGAUAACAUCAAGAAAUUUUGCGAAAAAUGUAAAAAAAUUUUCAUUUCCAGCCUGGAACGCCAUUCGAUUGCAAUUUUUAUUGCGAGUGCAACGAGGUAUGGCACUUAAUGAUGGGGCUGUUAUUUACGUUGUGGUGAACAAAAAACUGGCAGAAAACCAGGAUAUCAGUAAUAGUGUUCUUAUCAAAAAAUCCGCAUUCUCAUAAGGUUGUUGCCGAGCUCGAAUGCAAAUCGAUGUCUAUUUGCACUAUUAUUCCCAACGAUUUCCAUAUAGCACCUGCUUGAAUGGGUCUUUAAAAAAGCGUAUGUAAAAAGCUGCGCGAAAGCUUCGCUCGCUAAUCUCGAACAGCUGAGUGUGCAAAACAUUUCGUAUUGGCGUUCUGGCGUUUUGGGGCCGUCUGGAUGCCUCACUCAGUCAGAUACGAGAUACGGAAGCCCAGCGAACGGAGGAGGGCGUGAGAUGCGGACGCCGUGCGUGACCACAGUACAAACUAGAUUACAUUAAGUUAGACUAGCUAAUCCCAAGCUGAACCCAGGCCCCUUUCCCGCCGUCUGGACCCCUCUACCCCGUCCGGAACGCUCUACGAAAGCAACAUAAGUGAUGGUGCCUGCGGCCGUCAAGCUGUUGCAGGCCUCGCUGGGCCAGUGGCGUCGAGGGAGCAAGCUGCAUCCCAUGGCCAAGGGCGCGCUCACGUACGCGGUCAUGUGGCCGGCGGGCAGCCUGAUCCAGCAGGCUAUGGAGGGACGCAAGCUGCGCGAGUACGACUGGGCCAGGGCGUUACGUUUCAGCUUGUUUGGAGCUCUGUACGUGGCGCCCACUCUGUACGGCUGGGUGCGGCUCACCAGCGCCAUGUGGCCGCAGACUAAUCUGCGCACGGGCAUCGUUAAGGCCAUCACGGAACAGCUUUCCUACGGACCAUUCGCUUGCGUAAGCUUUUUCAUGGGAAUGAGCUUGCUGGAGCUGAAGACCUUUAGUCAGGCCGUGGAAGAGACGAAGGAGAAGGCGGCGCCCACGUACAAGGUCGGCGUAUGCAUCUGGCCUAUCCUGCAGACCAUUAACUUCUCGCUGGUGCCGGAACACAACCGCGUGGUGUUUGUAAGCAUUUGCAGCCUGAUGUGGACCAUUUUCCUGGCGUACAUGAAGACGCACCACGAGGAGCAGUCGAACUCCGCGGUUCUGCCUUGUACAUAGUUACCUGAGUCGUAUUUGUUACCUUUUGUGACUCCCAAUUGUUAGGCCAAUUGUUGAAUUAGAUAGCGGUAGCGU